GUCACUGGGCUUUGAGGGCCAGCCUGUGGUGGCCUGUUGAACACUCUGUUGCUGUAAGGCAACCCAGCAUGAUCUAGCACCACCUAGAAAAUUACAUCUUUUCAUCAUUCACAGACCUGAUUCCACUUAUGACUCUGGUUGUCAAAUAACUUUAAAAGCUGCUGGAAAGGCAGCCUCAUUGACAGGAAAUUGGAAUUUAAAAAUGUGAAAUCCACAAUGAAAAAUGUCAUAAUUCUGUGUUUAUUCUGUGGAUUCCUGGCCAUCGGGCUCUGGGCAUCUAUGUUACUUUCGGUUUUGCACCUUGAACAAGAAGACAUGCUGGAGAAUGAAAAGGAGGAACUCUUAGAGAAGAAGAGGUCACCAGCGCACCAGCAAACCCGUCACUCAGAGGACGUCAGUCAUGAUAGGGUUAACUUUUCAGAUCCAGAACUUAUCCAAGGAUUGAGGCGAUAUGGAUUAAAUGUCAUCAUGAGUAGAAGACUGGGCAUCCAGAGAGAGGUGCCAGAUUCCAGGGAUAAAAUAUGUCAGCAGAAACACUACCCAUUCAAUCUACCCACUGCCAGCAUCAUCAUAUGCUUCCAUAAUGAAGAAUUUAACACCUUGCUCCGAACAGUGUCGAGUGUGGUGAACCUCAGUCCGCAGCAUCUCCUGGAGGAGAUAAUUCUGGUGGAUGACAUGAGUGAAUUUGAUGAUUUGAAAGACAAACUGGACUAUCAUCUGGAAAUUUUUCGUGGAAAAAUUAAAUUAAUAAGAAACAAAAGGAGAGAGGGUCAUAUCAGAUCAAAGAUGAUUGGCGCCUCCCGUGCUUCAGGGGACAUCCUGAUGUUCUUGGACAGUCACUGUGAGGUGAAUAGAGUCUGGCUAGAGCCCUUGCUGCAUGCCAUUGCUAAGGACCACAAAAUGGUGGUAUGCCCGAUUAUCGAUGUCAUCAAUGAGUUAACCUUGGAUUAUAUGGCGGCACCUAUUGUAAGGGGAGCUUUUGACUGGAAUCUGAAUUUCAGAUGGGACAAUGUUUUCUCAUAUGAGUUGGACGGCCCAGAAGGACCAAGCACACCAAUCCGGUCACCUGUAAUGGCGGGAGGAAUUUUUGCUAUACACAGACAUUAUUUUAAUGAACUCGGACAGUAUGACAAGGACAUGGAUAUUUGUGGAGGAGAAAAUGUGGAACUUUCGUUAAGAAUCUGGAUGUGUGGAGGCCAGCUCUUCAUACUCCCUUGCUCUCGGGUUGGAUAUAACAGUAAGGCACUGAGACAACACAGGCUUGUAAACCAGAGUGCCUUGUCAAGGAACUUACUGCGAGUGGUUCAUGUCUGGCUGGAUGAAUACAAGGAAAACUUUUUUCUUCAAAGACCUUCUUUGACAUACGUAUCCUGUGGAAACAUCAGUGAACGCGUGGAAUUAAGGAAACGCCUGGGUUGCAAGUCAUUCAAGUGGUAUUUGGAUAAUAUCUUUCCAGAGUUGGAGCCAUUUAACACAGGAAAAGGAACAAAAUCAUUUCUAGCUAGUAAAGGGUGAAAACGUCCCCUAAUUCUUCAACAUAUCGCACCACAGGACAAAUUUGGAGCAUCAUGCAACAAUGUAAAAUGCAAUGAAAAAUACAAUCAGAGUGGCCAG